AUGCUUAACUGCCGUUCUGUGCAUAAUAAAACUACCCCAUUUCAUGAAUUUGUCCUCGAUCACCGACUCGACUUCACAUGUGUCUGCGAAACCUGGCUUACCACGUCCGAUGAUGCUGCAACUGCUGACCUCUGUCCACGAGGAUAUCUCUUCAAGCAUCACCCCAGAUCAACCAAGCGCGGUGGUGGAGUCGGGUUCCUCUACAAGGACAGUCUUCAUGUUGAUAUUGGCCCAACAGGACAAUUUGACACCUUCGAAUCCCUGUCUGGAACUUUGUCUCAUGCCGGCUCCAAGCAGGUCGACAUCAUCGUCGUCUACCGUCCUCCUGGAUUUCAGGGAUUUUCUCAGUUUCUCAUUGAUUUUUCAGCAUUUCUUGAUGAGAGACUGUGCAAUCCUUCCUCUAUCUUGAUCACGGGGGACUUGAACAUACACCUGGAUAAGACUUCGUCUCCGCACACUCUUAAGUUUCUGGAUCUCCAGCAAAGAUCAAAUCGUGUCAAUAGAGCAUAUACCUCACGCAACAUCAAAGAUAUCAAUAGAAAGUCUUUUAUAGAAGAUGUCGCGAAAAGCAAUAUUAUUUCCCCAUCCUCCGUGUCUGAGAAUAUCGACUCGGCUACCAACCGCUACAACACCAUCCUAACCUCACUUCUCGAUAUUCAUGCCCCUGCCAAGACCCGCAAAGUGAGAGAUCACCGAGAUAGCCCCUGGUACAAUAGCAAGAUAACCGUUGAGAAACGCAAGCGUCGACAGCUCGAGCGACGAUGGCGAUCUAACGGCAAGCUCUGCAUAGACAGACAGAUGUUCCAAGCGCAACGAGAGGUUGUGAAUCGUCUUGUUGAACGCGCCAAGAAAUCCUACUAUGUUGGGCUAAUCAACAUGUGUGGUAAUGAUACUAAGAAACUCUACUCCACCGCUAACCGUCUCCUCAAUCGUAAACAGGACUCUCUACUCCCAAGACACACCGAUAGUCAAGAACUGGCCCAGAGAUUCAUCCACUUCUUCCACUCGAAGAUACAUAAAAUUCAGAACAGCCUUACCCCAGAUCUUACACCUGUCGAUCCUGUCACAUCAGCUUCCUUCGAUACGAUCCGGCCAACGACUCCUGACGAGAUAAAGUCACUACUUCGCAGACUACCAGCCAAAUCUAGCCAUCUAGAUCCCAUCAAUACUGUUCUCAUCAAGGAAUGCAGCUCUACAUUUGCUAGUAUUAUUACCUAUAUUGUUAAUCUAAGUAUUGAUCAGGCAUGUGUACCUUCUGUCCUUAAAACGGCUCACAUCCUUCCUAUCCUGAAGAAACCCAAUCUUGACCCCCCAAUCCCUGAGUAA